AUUUGCAUUUAGACUGACUGAGAGCUAUCAGUUUUUCCUUUCGAGAAAAAUAAAGGCCAACACCAUGGUUAAAAAAGGGUUUUUGUUAACCAUGCUCAAAGUUGCCACUACUCGUGUAUCAUCCAAGCUAUCAUGUGUGUUGAUGGAAAGCGAUCUAUUUGCAUUUAGACUGACUGAGAGCUAUCAGUUUGUCCUUUCGAGAAAAAUAAAAGGCCAACACCAUGGUUAAAAAAGGGUUUUUGUUAACCAUGCUCAAAGUUGCCACUACUCGUGUAUCAUCCAAGCUAUCAUGUGUGUUGAUGGAAAGCGAUCUAUUUGCAAUUAGACUGACUGAAAGCUAUCAGAUUGUCCUUUCGAGAAAAAUAAAAGGCCAACACCAUGGUCAAAAAAGGGUUUUUGUUGACCCCUUGGUUGCUACACAUUCAAUCCUCAUAUCCUUGGAAUGGACCCACUCUUAUUUAGAGGAAGAUAUUUCUGAGAUUGAACUUAUUGGUGGCUCGACUCGUAUCCCAGCUGUCAAAUCACUAAUCGAGCAGGUCUUUGGCAAACCACCCUCCACAACUCUGAAUCAGGACGAAUGCGUUGCCCGUGGCGCUGCUAUUAUGGCUGCCAUGCUGUCUCCCAGUUUCAAGGUCCGUGAAUUCUCUCUUACCGAUCUUCAGCCCUAUGCAAUCAACUUGAAUUGGAGCGGCGAAGACGUUGAGCACGGAGAGAUGGAAGUAUUCCCCAAGUUUCACAGCGUUCCUUUCUCCAAGAUUCUAACAUUCUUCCGAAAGAGUCCUUUUGUGUUUGCUGCUUCGUUGAAUCGUUUCAAGAAAGCGUACACUGCUUACAAUAGCGGUGUUGCAGCCUACGAUCACUGGACGCCCGAAGAAGCAAAGAAGUUGGAACUAGCAAUUGCUGAAAAAGUUUCUUGGUUGGAUGCCAACAUCAGCCGUGUGAAGGCAACUCUUAAGACUAAGGACUUGCCUAUUAAAGCCGCUGCCUUCCAUAGCGAACACCAGGCUUUUGAAAGCAGCAUGAAUCCAGUUUUGAACAAACCCAAACCACAGCCUCCUGCCCCACCGGCUGAAGCUGCACAGUCGGGCAAGCCAGAGGAUGCUGCCAACGGCUCAACAAUAGUGCUCCCAGAAUUGAUCCGCGGACCGCAGUCCCGACUCCAUCAUGCGAAAUUAAUUGGCCGUGCAUCACCAACUUAUAUCGGAUGGGCGCUCCGUAUUGAAAACUAUUGCUAAAUUUCAUAAAGCUUUACAUAAUUUUGCUUGGACAAUCAUGUGUAAGUGGUGUAUAAAAUGAAAUGCGUGUUGAAUACAAAUUUUAAAUCGCG